CAGAAAGGGUCUCUCAAUCUGCUAAGACCUAUCUAGACUAACGCCCCUGUCUUGGCAGACUUUCCAUUUGUCAGUUCUCAGUAAGAAUCGCCUAAACAUGAGCUAUAUCCGGGUGGAUCGACUCCAGCCAAUCACAGGCUGCCCCUGCUCUGUCAUCGAUGACUGAUUUGCUCUGUAACACUGCCAUGUCUUGCUAAUCGCGGAAUAUGUGACCAUUCCAGGGUUCCUAUAUAAUACACUACUUUCCCCUCCUCAAAUGUUCAGUUCAUUAUACCCUGAACAUCAUCAUCAUGGCUCCCAAGAUUGCAAUUGUCUACUACUCGAUGUACGGCCACAUCAAGACUCUGGCCGAGGCUGAGAAGAAGGGCAUUGAGUCCGCCGGUGGUUCUGCCGAUGUCUUCCAGAUCGCCGAGACCCUCAGCGAGGAGGUUCUGGCCAAGAUGCACGCCCCCGCUAAGCCCGCUGACCCCAUCAUUGAGCCCACCGACCUCCUCGCCUACGAUGCCGUCCUGUUCGGUAUCCCCACCCGUUACGGUAACUUCCCUGCUCAGUGGAAGACCUUCUGGGACAAGACCGGCGGCAUCUGGGCCUCCGGUGGCUUCUGGGGCAAGUAUGCUGGUCUCUUCGUCUCUACUGGCACCCAGGGUGGUGGCCAGGAGUCUACUUGCCUUGCUGCCAUGAGUACUCUGUCUCAUCACGGAUUCAUAUAUACUCCCCUUGGUUAUAAGACCGUCUUCCCUUUGCUCGCAAACCUUGAGGAAGUUCACGGAGGUAGUGCCUGGGGCGCUGGUACCUUUGCCGGUGCCGAUGGUUCUCGCCAGCCCUCCGCUCUUGAGCUCCAGAUUGCUGAGGCCCAAGGCAAGGCCUUUUAUGAGCACGUCUCCAGGGUCCAUACAGAAUCGAAGCCUGAGACCCCUGCCGCUGCGGCGCCAAAGAAGACCGAGGCUCCCAAGCAGCAGGAGCCAGCUAAGAAAGAGAAGGACAAUGAAGGACCAUGUGGUCUGCCUAAGAAGUGUAUCAUUCAAUGA